AAUCAAUCUCAUGUUUGCAGGAUACAGCUCUUCUUCUACUGCAACAUGAUCUUCACAAAUGCAUAUGUCGGUUCCACUACACUCAUUCAUCAUCAGGCCUCCCAUUCCAUCGCUCCUCCUCGUUCUUCUAAUCGUCGCAGUGCCGCCGGUGGUAUAUGUCGAUCUCCACCUUUUACUAUAAGAUGCUGCAACAACUCCGAUUCCAAUUCCAAUUCCGGACGAGGUUUUGGGCCUCUCCAAAGCCAAGACCCCUCGCCCUCGCCCAAUAAGGCAAGCAAAGCCUCAACUGCAAGGGACGGCAAAGAUAGGGGUAGAGGUGCAGCGUCACGCCAGAGGAAAUUAGCAUCCCAGCAAAUUGGCUCUAUACCUAGUCAGGCACCUGGAACAAAUUCUAGAAUGGAUGGGACAUCUAAAAGUUUUGCCUCUGAUAUUCAGUUUGAGGAAAGGCUUCAGGCAGUCAAAAGGUCAGCAUUGGACCAGAAAAAAGCUGAAGAGAAGAACAUAUAUGGAGCAAUUGACUAUGAUGCUCCAAUUGCAUCAGAGCCUAGCCAAAUAGGACUUGGUACUAAGAUUGGAGUAGGAGUUGCGGUCGUUGUUUUUGGGUUGGUAUUUGCUCUUGGAGAUUUUCUCCCUUCAGGAAGUGUCAGUCCGGAUAAGGACGCUAUCAUAGCAAAGAACACAUUGUCAGCAGAAGAGAAAGAAACACUCCAGACAAGACUACAAGAAUAUGAGGCGGCACUUAACAUCUCCCCAGAUGAUCGUAUUGCUCGUGAAGGAGUAGCUGGAACCUUAACAGAAUUGGGAGAGUAUACCCGGGCUGCAUCCGUGCUUGAAGAUCUGACCAAGAUGAAACCUAGUGACCCGGAGGCAUUCCGCUUACUUGGAGUAGUAAAGUUCGAAAUGAAGGAUUAUGAAGGUAGUGUUGCUGCUUAUAGGAGUUCAGCAAUGGUGUCCGGUAAAAUGGAUUUUGAAGUUUUGCGUGGUCUCACAAAUGCAUUGCUUGCUGCUAAGAAACCUGAUGAGGCUGUUCGGAUCCUUCUUGCAACUCGUGACAGUUUGGAAAGAGAGAAGGAAAAUCAGGCUAACACUGGAGCUGAUGGUAGUCUAAUAGAUACACAAUCUCAAAUGGACCCUAUUCAAGUUGAAUUACUUCUUGGAAAAGCGUACUCUGACUGGGGCCAUGUCAGCGAUGCUGUAUCUGUGUAUGAUCAACUCAUCUCUAGCCACCCGGAUGAUUUUCGGGGUUACCUAGCAAAGGGAAUUAUCCUGAAAGCAAAUGGAAAAUCUGGAGAUGCAGAGAGGAUGUUUAUACAAGCUCGAUUCUUUGCACCGGAGGGGGCCAAGGCAAUUGUUGAUCGUUAUUCGAGACAGUAACUGUGAUUCUGAUUUAGAUGUUUCCAAUACUAUGGUCAUGGUUGUCUCAUGAUGUUAUGCAAGUCUUGGUCCAGGCCCUUUCGUUUCUCGGAUUGCUAUUUCUUUGUAAAGCCAAGAGGGUACGUGAAGGUUAUCCAAUGAAAACUUCAACCGGAAGCAGCUGAUUAUAUAUAGGGUCCGGUCGAAGGGUUUACCAUGAUCGACUUAAAGCUACUGCAUGGUGUAUGCAUAAUUUUGCAUCAAUGUUACUUGUCAUUUUUUUUGACUAGGCAAUGACAUGUGUGUAUCAAGUAGUGGUGGAACGUGUAUACUAUUUAAAUUUCUCUAUCAACAUGAAGCAACUGAUGAUACCUGUCAUUUUACUGGUCCUUGUAUCAAUUGUAAACUAUUUGAAUUUCUCUGUC